CAAGGACAAUUAUCUCUAGGUUGUUUGGUGGCACAGCUUGAUCAUCUCGAAGCAUGUAACAUCACCGACUUCACGUAUACCAGCACGAAGGGAAAGAACAAAAGAAACAACCUACAAUGGCCUCAACUCCAGAAUCAAUAACCAAUGCGCUCGCGCCUGCUCGCCAGGCCUUCUAUCAGUCUAUCUGGCAAGAGCACUUCCCCAAGCUCAAUCUCAAUGGCUCGUCCAAGAUAUCCGUUUCCGACAUCGAAAUGGCCGAAACGCUACUUUCCUGGCUCAAAGACUCCUCUCACGACCUCCCAAAAAGCAUCUCCAUACCCUCCAGCCCAUCCAACAUCGCAAGCUCGCCCACCUCUCCAACCCAACCACAAUUCCCUCCCAAAACCCUCGACCCAACUCUCGCCAAAAUCGCCAACAUUACCCUCCUCUCCGAAUCCGAAACCCUCUCCGACGACUCCCUCACCCACGCCUUCGCCCACAUAAACAUCUACCACCACACUCACACCCUCCCUCUCCUCAAACAAAUCUUCUACUCCCUCAUCCCCAAAGGCAUAGCCGUGAUCACAAUCACAAAACAUAAUCCUCUUGCUUCAAUUCUCUCGUCGAUCCUCUCGACUUCCAGCCGCCGGAAUUCUACUUCCUCUUUCGACGAAGGGUAUAUUUCUACGGAACAGGAUAUUAGAGAUAUGGCGGAGAAAGCGGGGUUUGAAGUUGGUAAGAUUAGGAUUUCGGAGAGGAGGAUUGAGGUUAAAGGGAAAGAGGAAUUGGGGAGGUUGAGAGGAGAGAUGGAGAGGAUUUUGGAUAUGGCUGUGGGGCAGAGGGGGGAUGCGCAGAGUUGGGAGAGGGGGUUUGAUGGGGUUUGGGAGAAGGAGGUGGGGAAGAAUGGUGGUGAAGGGGCUGAAGGGGAGAGGUCGUUGGGAGUGGAGUGUUGGGUGCUGGUGGCGAUGAAGUGGGAUUUGUUGUGUGCUUGAGGGGAUACGAGUGGCUUCAUGCUGGAACAAGUUCUUGAUGGAUUGAUACGGUACUCACUUGGUGUAGGAAUAUUGGACAAUGCGAUCGCUAAAAUUAAGUUACGAGUGCAGCACUUCGUGCCUUGCCAGAAUUUACUGUCACAGACGCUGUCGCCG